GUCAAACCGGGGAACGAAUCAAAAAGUGAUUUUGCCGUCGGCGAUCCGAAAAUUUUGCCGGCUCGUCGACUAUUGACGAGAACAAGAGGAAUCGUCGUUAUUUUUCGUUUGCCGCGUUCGUCGUUUUGAUUUGUUCUUCAUUUUCCUUCUUGUCGAUAAUUGUGUGUGAAUCAAGACGCUCAGAAAGCCGCCGCCACGUUGACGUCGACGGUUGUUGAAUCGCUUGCAAAAGCAACAUUUCAAAAACAAGAGCAGAGUAGAAAGAUGAGCGAAGAGGAUUGGCCUUCGCCGAAAUUUCGAGAGCAUGUUAUUCAGAGACUUGAGCCUGAGUUGGCGAGAAACCGGCAGAAUGCCCCAAAUUUACCAGUACCCGGUGACGCGAGGCAGGUCGAAGAAUAUGUGUUCGCAAAGUGUAUGUCGAAGGACGAAUAUAUGAGGACGAUCGCAAAAGUGAUUAAUGCUAUCAAUUGUAAUAGUAAAUCAGCGGCAGUGCCUUCCGUGUUACAACCAUCACAGUUUCAUAGUCCGCCGUGUACGACAGCAGCUCUAUUAGGAAACACUCCGGCUGGCGGAACACCCGGAUAUCGAGCUCCUGUGCCUCCAGAUCCACAACCAACAUCAGCUCAGGCAAGAAAUCCACCUGUUACCGUAGCAACAACACAGGCAUCAACAACUCCAUCAGCACCAAAUCCGCCAGGAGGAUUGCCUGCUCCAUCAGCUUCUGCCACUGCUGCUGUUGCCGCCGCGGUUGCUUCAUUUCCAUCACCAGAUACAAGUAUUCGUCCAGGUGGACAGAUCACUCCAGGAUCACAGGCACCCGGUGGAGGUCCGACGCCGGCACCAAAUGUUCCAUUCCCAAAUGGAAGCAGCCAGAUGAAUGGUGGACCAGCAAUGGGUCAGCCACCACCGCAAAUGGGUGCUCCAAAUAUGGGUGGACCACCGAAUGGAUACGGUGGUUACGGUAUGAUGAAUGGACCACCUGGUAGUGGUGCUCCAAUGGGUGGAAAUCCGUACAAUCAGCAGAUUAAAAAGGAUAUGGAUCAAGCUCGUCCUUGGGAUCCUUCAGCACAUAUGUAUCAACAACAACCACAAUGGGGUGCAAUGCCACCACAACAACCACAUGGAUAUCCUGGAAGACCAAUGAACGGUCAAGGAGCCACUCCAACCGGUCCUUCAUCAGUUCUUGAAUCACUUAUCAAUCAGCCUCAACAAUAUCCAGGACAUCACAAUCAGAUGGGCCCACCUGGAGAUCGAAAUGUUGCUGCUCAACGUGCAGCUGCCCAACAACAGCAACAACAACAACAACAGCAGCAACAGCAACGACCCGGAAUGGUUCCAAACCAGGGAAUGAUGAGUUCCGAGGAUCAAACCGUGUAUUCUGCGAAAUUGAGAAAUAUGCGUGGAAGCUGCGACAGUUUGAGAACACGAGCAAGGCAAUGCAGACAUGAGGGUAACCAUGAAGCUGCUCACAAGCUUGAGGUUAUGCUCAGUGUGCUCGAAGGAAAACGUGUGGUUAGCCUUGAAUACUUGAACCAUUUGGAGAUGUGGAUUGCCAGAAAGCAAGACUUCUUGAAUAUUGCUCCAAUGUCACAGAAUCAGAAUCAUAUGGGAAUGAACGAUCCGAUGAUGAACGGUGAACAUGCUAUGUUGGGUAAUGGUCAGGUGCCAAAUCCCUACGGAGGACAUCCAGGUUAUGGACAUCAGCAGUAUAUGGGACCUCCACCACCACAUAUGCAAAUGCAUCAACCACCAAUGUGGCAUCAACAGCAACACCAACAGCAGCAACGAAUGAUGCCACAGGAUCAUAUGAUGAUGCAGGGUGGAGGUGGUCCAGUUCAUGGAAUGUAUCGUGGAGAUAUGGGACACGAUCCGAUGACAUCACCAGUCAACAAUCAUCGUCAUGCUCCAUACCCGAAUCCUGCAGCGAUGAGAAACAAUAUGAGAAUGCCAAAUGGUCCUGGACCAAUUGGAAGAGAUCGUAAUUCGAUGAGUGGAUCAAGUAUGUCAGGUCCAAGUUCUGGAGCCCCUUCAAUGAAUCCAAUGGGUACACCGAAUCAAAAAAUGGGAACACCUGGAUCAAUGGGUGGAAUGUCAGGACUUGAUGAUCUGAACUAUGAUGAUUUCCUUCCAAACCCAACGCCGAUUGAUGCACUUCAGCCAACAUUGCACGUCGGGCAGAAUUCGAUGAAUGCUGGUCCACCAGUUCAACGAUCAAAUCUCAAUGAAACAGCAAGAAAGGAACUUCAAAUCCUUGAUGCUCGAUUCGAGAUUGAUCCAAACCAUCAACGUCAUGAUGCCAAUCAUAUCAUUGUCGUCUGUAAAAUCCGUAAUCAACAGUUCCCACCACUUCGACUCGUUGUUCCAACCACUUAUCCAGCUGGAAAUGUGACUGUAGAUCGAGCAGUCAUUGAUUUGGAUGCAUAUUUGUAUGAUGAUCUACAAAAUUCAGUAUAUGAGAGAUUAUCACGACCCGGUCUUUCGUCAAUUACUGACUAUUUGAAUGCUUGGGAAGAACAAGUGAAUCAAUACCAAAACCAGACAAGCGGUGGUCUAGACGUCGCUUUCAACGUGGGCAACGAUUUCUUCUACGAUAAUCUUAACUUGUAAGUUAGGUAGAGUGCAUUAAGUUUCUUUUUUUGUGCCUGCUCACUAAAAGUUUUGUUAUUCAAUGUUUAUUUUUGUAAAAUAAUAAAAAAUAUGAAAAACAUUAUAAAAUAAAGUUGGAAGUGAAAAAAUUCCGGAAAGUUUUAAUUUUUGUAAUAACUUUACAAAAAGUAUUACUCAAACGCGAAAGUUUACGAUUUUUCACCAAAAUUACGGUAACCGGUCUCGACACGAAAAAUGUUGGUCAAAUGCGAAAAUAUGUGCGUCUUUAAAGAGUACUCUAUUUUUUCAUCGUUUUUUGAUUAAAAAAAUAUAUACCUGUCAAUCUAAAAAAAAUACCCGAAUUUGACAAUGAAAACACAAUUAAUAUGAUUUGAAACAUGAUUUUAAAAUUACAGUACUCUUUAAAAACGCAAACCUUUAAAAAAAUUAGAAGACAGUUUUUUUUAAACAAACUGUUUUCUUCUCAAUCAAUGUUUUCUAAUUUUCAGGUCAAAUCCGUUCUAAACUCCGCCUCGUCUGAAUUGAAUUGCUCAGUUGCACAAAACCUGUACAAAAAAGAAAAUCGAGUCUUCGUGGAAUGGAUUCAGUUGUUGUUGUCCUCUAUAAAUGAUUGUUUUGCCUCCUCCUCCUAUCAUCAGCUUGCCCUUCUAUCCAUAUCAGUUUUUUUUCCUGAUUUUUUCCUUGUUUCACGUUUCCGAAUUCCAUUUUCCACGAGACUCCUGCCUCCGAAUCGAUUCCUAGUCGUAAUCAGACUCAAACCUGUCCAAUCCUCAUUUGAAAUACGGUUCAAAAUUUCCAUUUUCCUCUCUCUCCUCUCCCCUCAUCUGAAAAACUGUGUAGUGCGUGAAUAAUUAGUCCCCAAUUUCUUCUUCGUCCUCUUUGAAAAAUGUGAUAAUAGAAAAAAGUUCUGGAGCUCAACUACGUGUCUUUUUAGGCUCUCUUUCGAUGAGCAUCGUGAGCUUCUGAUACUCCCUUCCCUUCCCUUUCUACACGUGUGUCUCCCUGGUCUAUAUUUCAUUAUUUUUUCCUUUCUCACACUGUUCAAAAAUACCUCAAGAAUUUUUAUAUUUUGCCCAGUUUUUCCCUCCCCCAGCAAGAAAAGUUUAGUGAUUAUUAUAGAAAUGAUAGAAUUCGAAACGCGUUCAUUUACUAAAAUCAGGGAUUGUUUUCUUUUUUUUUGAAUAUUUUUAAAAUAUUUGUUCUUCUCAUUUUGCUGCCUUGUAUAUGAGAUUAGUUUAUCAUUGAAACUGUAGAUUUUAGCGUGUGUGCAUUUGUUUGUACAUCACAUCAUUUUAGAUUCUUUCCUCCUCGUUUUGAAUCUGUGAUCCGAUCUUUUGUCUGAAAAGUAUGUUCUCUUUCAAUUGUCUUCCCUUCCCACAAAAACCGUUUUUUUAUCCUUGUUAUUAUUUUGUUUUCAUUCAUUUUUCACCCAUUUUCUUCUCUCACAUAUUGCACCUCUUCUCCAAGUCCUGUGUACAUUUCUCUUGCACCUUAUACAUCCAAACGAAAAGGCAAUAGAUUGUAAUAAGUUCUCCGUUUUUACAGCCGUCCCAAUUUUCUCUCGCUAAUUAAUCUCAAAAUAUUUUAUUUCGUCUUUUUAUAUUAUUUUUGUUCCACAUUCUUUUUUCAUAAAAAAAAAAUGAAAAUACAUAAAUCGAUUAAA